AUGACUUCCAACGGCCGAAGCGCUCCGGGCAGCUCCCUAGACCAAGCUCGGUCACAUCACACCGACAAUACUCCCCACGUACCCAUACCGAGUUCCGAUCUCAAGUCUCGCCUUGAGAUCUUUGCCAGCAAGAUUCCCAACGGCUACAUUGCACCUUUCUGCGGAGCUAGUGCUGGCGUCGCAUCCGGUAUUGUCACAUGUCCUCUCGAUGUCAUCAAAACGAAGUUGCAAGCCCAGGGUGGGUUUCGGAGAGGAGGAGCUCAAGAAGUUGCUUCCGGGGCCAUAUAUCGUGGGAUGAUUGGUAGCGGCAGGAGAAUCUGGCGCGAGGAUGGUAUUCGUGGUCUUUAUCAAGGACUUGGUCCUAUGUUACUUGGAUAUCUCCCAACCUGGGCUGUUUACCUAGCGGUCUAUGACCGCAGUCGUGAAUAUUUCUAUGAUGAAACAGUUCCAGGAAGUUGGUGGUUAUCUCGCGGCUACGCCUCCAUCACUGCAGGUGCAUGCUCCACAAUUGUUACAAAUCCCAUUUGGGUCAUUAAGACGAGACUCAUGUCGCAAAGUUUGAAACAGAACAGCGAAGGAGUCCGCGCGCCAUGGCAAUACUCAGGCACAUGGGAUGCCGCGCGCAAAAUGUAUCAGAUCGAAGGCAUUCGAUCCUUCUACUCCGGCCUAACCCCAGCUUUACUGGGGCUGACACACGUGGCCAUCCAAUUCCCCCUCUACGAAUAUUUGAAAAUGGGAUUCACAGGCUACGGUAUCGGUGAACACCCCGAUUCGGGCAGCUCUCACUGGAUUGGGAUCUCCGUCGCCACUUUCCUUAGCAAGAUCUGCGCAAGUACUGUCACAUACCCCCAUGAGGUCCUGCGCACUCGACUCCAAACACAGCAGCGCACUGCGCCGGCGCCAUCUCCCGAAGAAAUAGCUUUCCGAGGCGGACUGAAUCACCCGCAUGAUCGGGGCCGUUCGGGUGGCAUCUCUUCUUCCGAUGGGAUGCGAAAUCGCCCACGCUACAAUGGCAUGAUUCGCACGUUCCAGACAAUUCUCAAGGAAGAGGGAUGGCGUGCCUUCUAUGCUGGGAUCGGCACGAAUCUGUUCCGGGCUAUUCCGGCUGCUAUGACGACUAUGCUCACAUACGAAUACCUGCGAAAGCAAAUCAGCACCUAUCAACACGAGGGCAAGCUGAAGCUUGAGAUGGAACAACAAUAUCAGAAUCCCAUUUGA